UUUUUUAUUGAUGUGCCUAAUUUAAAGUUCAACAUUUUAACAUAGCACGUGCUUCAGUGCUUUAGUGAGUGAGUGAGUGAUAAAAUCAGUGAAAAUGCCACAAGGGAAAAGAAAGAUCAAAGGAGGAGUUCCUGGUAAAAAGAGUGCAAAGCAUUCCCAUCAGAAGAAAGCAGCAGGAGUCAAGAAGGGAGGUCGUUACAUUGCUCCAAAGAAAGCGAAGGAAGUGAAGAUGUCCAAACUGAAGAAGAAUCUGCAGAAAACCAUAGGGAGCAACAUCGAGAAGGAGGUGGUUGCCAUGGCUGCAUCGAGGGAAGCAAGGCCCAUGACAGUAGUCAGUCAUCCCUCCCCAGAUCUGGAAGGAAAGAAGAGCUCCAAGAAGAAAUGAACACAAGACUCUCAGAACUACAAAACAUGCUGCAUAUAACUUUGUUUAAUAUGAACUGUCAGUUGGGCUGGUUGGAGGAAUUUUGGAUGUUUAUCUGCAUGAAGAGCUGGAAGGAGGUAUUUGUUCUCGAAAAUCAUGAGUUGUCAACUACUAAUUCUUUAUCAUACAUUUUGUCCCAUGCUCACGCCCUCCAUCGCCUCUCUUAACCCUCGGAGCAGCUUAUCAAAAAAAUCACAUGGUGGAACCACGUGGAGAAUUUUAUCACCACAUGUGUUUAUAGGUCAUUAACUUGACAUUGACAAAUUGUGGAGGGCACUAUGCACUGUCCGUCUUUUUAUUUUUUAUUUCUACCCCAAAAUAUAUAUAUUUUAUUGAAAUUGCUAUUUUUGUAGCAGUGCAAAGUUGAUUAAUUGCCUCUGUUUAGUUACUGAAUAAUUUAUUUUACAAAGGCUGAGAGAGAAACUGCGUCCUGGAAUGAGGCCAAUUGGGCUACAAAACUCGCUUUGAACAAAAUGCUGUUAAUGGGAAAGAACAACUAUCUGUACUCCGUUGUGUCCGAUGUAAACAACCAGGUUUUUGUUUUCUUUUCGGGGGAACGGUAAGACGUGUUGGUUUCCUUUUCAACCAGAUGUUUGAAAUAGGAUAAGUAGACUAUCCAAAACAUGACAAUUGUGUGGAUUUCAGGACGCAGUGCCCCUUUAGUUACAUACAGUAAUUCAUUCCUUGCUGGUAAGACUGGUUCCUUCCAAUUCCCCCCCCCCCCCUAGCAGCCUGCUCACAGAGUGAUCUGAGUGCAAAAGUAACCCCCAAUAAAAGCCUUUAGAAGUACA